AUGAGAUCGUUUGUUACAAACAAUGAUAUACCUGUCGGCUAUGUAACGCCAAAAUUCCCAUCUUUAUAUUGGCCCAUAAACAACCCAAGAUACAACACCGCGUUCUUAUAUUACAUCUCUGAUAUCUGGAAAUUCUCACUAUACUGGACUUUGAUCUUUAAUGGUGCAUUUUAUAUUGUUACCGGUUUGUACGCCAGCUUGACGCACAGGAAAAAGGCAGGUAGUCUAUGGAUAUUUUCCAUGUACGUUAUUUAUGGUGGUGUUCAGGGUUUGACCACUGGUACAGUCAUGGGGUUCUUAAUAGGUGCAAUAUACAGGUCAGGUCUAUUUUCCAUGUCGACCUGGAUUCCACUUUGUUGUGCAGUGGUACAAAUCCUUUUUGACGUGGUACUAGGUUAUUCCAUGGUUGGUUCUGUUAUGUGA